GACAGAUGGAUAGCAUACUGAAUAUAAAGAGGAUAGCAAAUAAAUAACAUUUAGUAUUCAAAGAUUAUACCAGCCUGGUAGGUUGAUGGUAAAUGUGGAUUGUAUAUGCCCGACAAUGUGUUAUUCUUACUUUGUGUAAUCAGAUUUUUAACCAUUUGAUAAACAUUUGUGUCGAUUGUUCAGAAUGUCAAGGUUUCGCUUGCCAUGUUUCGUGUUGGUUGUAGUGACGUCAUCAAUUGUAGUGACAAACAAUGCCACUUUAGAAAUAGCAGUCGGGCAGCAAGAUGUCUUCAUUGGAACGACAACUCUUGUCUUGGCGUCUGCAAAUGAUAUUCUCCAAAGGAGUCGGCGUUCGUCUGGUAUUGCUGCUGGUUUCCCUUCAAUCUUGUCCUUCACCUUCAAAGUAGGAGACAAUGAUGUCCGACUCAAUUUGAAAAAAAAUAUCUUUAUGGACCAUUCGCCACCAUUUUAUGUGGUUCGUCAAGGGAAAAUAGUGCGAGAAAUCAACCAAGAGUUUUUAAGUAACUAUGCCUACUACCAAGAUAAAGAAUCUGGCGCAGCAGUGAUGGUGAGCUUAGCUUUAGGUCAUGGCGAGUAUUUAUUGACAGGCAAUUACUUCCAUGCUGGGGAGGAGUACUCAAUACGGCCUCUGAUCGGAAACACAAGCCUAGGAGCUGAUCACGUCAUCUAUAAACUUUUUGAAGAGACAAAUCCAAAGGUCAAUGCAGACAUUAGUAAAGAAAUGAAAAAAGAUUCAAACACGAGCAGUUCAUGGGAAAGUUCAGCCAACACUACUACUUCCAAAUCUAACGCCGAUAUUGUUGAGGCAAAAUACGAUUUCAUCUUGCCAGAGAGCUCAGUCCUCACUGAAUUAAAUUUAGACAGUCCUUUGGAUAUUUCUUCCUGGGGUGUCUCAGAAGAAUACAGAAAUGACAGCAGUUACAACAAAAGCACUAGUUUUUCAAACAAAGUAGAUGGCUUACAUGAUAGAAAGGGAAGUGGCCAGGAAAGAGAGAAACGACAAGCCAAUGUUUAUGUCGUGGAGCUGUUAGUCGUUAUCGACUAUGGAGUUUAUGAAGUAUGGUUGAAUGGAGUGUCAGAACUUGAUUAUGACUUCAGACGCAGGGAAGCUCUACGCAGGAUCAAACAGUUUUAUUCCUUCGUCCUCAAUGGGAUUGAUUUACGUUACAACAGUGUUCAAAGAAACGCAGACUUUACUAUUGAUGUGACAUGGGCAGGCAUCGUUGUUUUUGACAAACCUGAUCCCGAGUUUUGGAAAAAUUCAACUUUUCGUCCACAUACAUCACGUGACACUGUAGAAUCGUCAGCUGCACUUGAAGCGUUUCGGAAUUGGGCGGCAAGCGAAGGGCUAAACUUGCCAGCUAGUGAUCAUGUUAUGCUUUUUACAGGACACAACUUAACUUACGGAGGAUCUGUGUCUAACGCAGGCUUGGCUUAUCUUGGUUCAGCGUGCAACUCUGAGUACUACUUUUCCAUAGUGGAAGAAUAUUUUGAAUUUCGGGAUGUGGCUAUAGCUGCCCAUGAACUUGGCCAUAGUCUUGGUGCCAGACAUGAUAUGGAUGGAAAUACCUGCCUGUCAUUUGAUCGCUACAUCAUGACUUCAAGAUUUCAAUUCCCAACAUUUCGAAAAGCCCAGAACCCCUGGUUGUUUUCUCCUUGUUCUAUAGAUUAUUUUAAAUCAUUCAUUGAAGCAUUAAAUAAGAAUGACACCAACUGUCUAAUAACCAAAGAAUCCAGUACAGACAACAAGGAAAUACAACCGUUUUUGAACUCUCUUCCAGGAGAGGUGUAUGCGGGUGAUGACUUCUGUCGAAUUGGAGAUGGCGCUGAGUCAUAUAUUUGUAGGGAUCAACAUAUCUCAGACUAUAGCAGUAUUUGUUUCGCUGGAGUUUAUUGCUACAGUCCUGAACUCAAGCAGUGUUAUCCUAAACUCCCACCCGAUGGAUUCUCUUGUGGCAAUAAAAAGUGGUGUUGGAAUGGGACAUGCCAACUAUCAGAUCAUGCACCAGCUACGCAAGGAGACGACUGUCCUUUUGGGGACGACCCUGGUCUGAUCGAUGGAAAGACUUGCACUGAGUUAAUGAGGACGUCGCGUUCAUUUUGUUACAGAGCUUUGUUUAGAGCUCGCUGUUGUUUCUCCUGCUACAGUGUCCAACUUCAGUUUCCUGGUUGUGAAUUUGGCGACAUGCUUGACAUUUGCCAAAAGGACCAGUGUACUUCCUAUGACUUGGACUAUGCCAGGGAGAAUUGUUGUGAAACUUGUUCAGAACUUUUCUACACAAGAUCUAGCAUCACAAGGGAAUUAACCACUAUGUCAAGGGCUUGGGAGGAGAAACGCGGCACCUCCACACCUACCACAAUGGAUGUCACGUCCAGUCCGUUGUUCAAUGUUAACAGAUUGAAAGAAACUCAUAGAAACGCGAUCUCGUCUCCUCGGCCAAAUUUAGCUAGUGAAGAAAAUGAAAGUUCAGAUGAAAAAUCCAAGAAAUCCAGUAAAACGAAUAGAAAUACUUCAAGGCCUCGCUGGUUACAACGGUCAGACCAAAGAAACGAAAGGCUGAGUCAAGUCCUAUCACUCUUGCGGCAUAAUUGGCCAGAUGAGUCUUCUCUUCAAUAUCUACGUUUCUUAUUGUACAUUCUCUAUCAUACCAGAAUCAAGAACGAACGGAAUGAUUACUUGGCACAGAUCAGGACUUUGAUACACAAGAGUUCUUCUAGCAAUGAGAGACAGAUCAACAGUAACUCUUCCAGAAAGGAAACUUCAGGCAUUAAUGGUUCAAUCCUAAACAGUUCUCUCAAGUACUUGAAAGCUGUUAGGAGAACUGAUGAGGAUGAUGGGGCAACAGAAAAAGAAAGAAAUGAUGACCUGACACAUUUGAAUGAUGAGAGAAGCAAGGAGUACAGUGAUGAAAGAUAAUUAAACGCGACUAUAUGAUCGAAACCAAUAAACAAGAAAAGUAUGAAAAAUACUUUUUAAAAAAAAAGAUAGAUUUAGACUAAUAAUAAUAAAUGUGUGCUAUUAGAAAUAUUUUUACCAAUUGUUAUUGUUUAGCGCAAUAUCAUGCUUUUAGAUUUCUCAAUUCGCUAUGAUCCUAUCACUUGUCUGAACCAAUUGAGAAAGGGGUGGGUGAGAAAGAAGGUAAUAUCUGUGUAAUGGUUACGGUGAUCGCUUUUUAAAUGCAUUUAUAAAAAAGAAGUUGGAACGACCUAAAUUCGAACUCGAUGGCUCAGGUCUAUUUAAGUUUCCUCAAGCCAAAAUACUAUAGCUACUGAGCCAGGGUAAGUGCUUAUGAAAAUAGAAGGUUUUAUAAAUAUCUAUUGUUAGUUUCAAACUUAAAAGCGGCCACCUAUUUCUUUCUACAUAGUUUAUCUUAACUUAAGUAUUACAGACGUUACUUCAAAAUAGAAGACGAUUACGUCCUACGCUUGUCCCUACGUCAAUAUAGUCAUGCAUGUUAAUCAAUGACUUAAACUCUUCCAAGUCUCUGGUUUUCCUGGCCGACUCUGACAACCUAUUCCAUGUUCAAAUAGCUCUAGCGAAAAAUGAUUAUCUUUGUGUCUAUCUGAGUAUUUUAUUAGGCUUUAUUUUUGUAUUUGAAGAUUAUGGUUCAGUGUUUUAUAUAUUAUUUUUUUGUAUAAUUGCUACUUUACUCUUAAGUCUUCUAUCCUGAAAGGUCUUUAUUAUUGAUUUUUUUUUAAGGUGUUACUAGAAUCAAAUGUGAAUAUUCGUUUGUUAUGAAUCUCACUUCUUUAUUUUGUGUCUGUUCUAGUUUUUAUUGUUUUGAGGGGUCCCUAACAGAGGAUGCAUAUU